UUCACAUUCGAAUCCACCUCGUUAUCCACCUCGCACCGCGCUUGCAUACUUCGCUCCCUGUCUCCGUCUUCACACAGCAAUCCUCUUCAGGCUCUACUGCAUCCGUGCAUCCACCCGUUCCCACUUCUCGACCUUGUCUGCCGUUUGCUAUUUUCCUAUUGCCAGGAGGAGCCCUCGUAUCCAAGCCCUCCCUCCCGCAACUUUAUCCACUAAACAAAAUAGUCUUGCAUUGGCUUUGGAAAAACUCCCGGUCAAUGCUGAAACGCCUCUGAAAAGGCCCCAUACAAACACACUCUUCUACUACCAUCAUCCCUCCCACCACGCAUGUCUCUAUACACCAGCGCCCGUUCCCACCUCUCUUCCUCCAACCAUCACUCCUAUGUCCGCAAACCAUCCCAGGAUUCGAAAGACAUUGAGCACAAUCUCCAUGAACUCGGUCUACUAGGUGCUCCAAGCAAGAAGCCCAAACAGCGUCCCAAAAGAUCCAAGGGUGUCGAAUUUAAGAACCCUCCGUCCGAUCGUGGUGAGGCCCCCUCCCUACCUCCAAUGCCAGACUUCUGGCCGACGCAUAACUCACACAACGUCUUGUCAGGUUACCGACCACCCUCACGGUCAUCUCACUAUUCCGACCCCACGAGGCAGAGCCACCGUCCUUCAACUUCCAAGGCAUCCUACUCCAGCAGUGAUACGUUCCCAAAGAGAGGCAUGGCGGCGGUGAUGGAUUUGGAAAAAUCAAGGACUAGGAGAGACAGGACAUUCAUUGGAGCUGAGUGUGCUGUAUGCGAAGAGCCGUUGGAGCACACAUUGCGCGGAGAAAGAAUACUACAAUUGUCAUGUGGCCAUGUUUCGCACGAAGCAUGCUUUUACGAGUACAUUCGCGAGUUUGAAUCGCAACAGUGUCCAACUUGCUGUGCCCCACUGGCCUUGGAUACGAGUAGGGGAGGUAAUGUUCUGGACUUAGAGAAGCUUAGCUCCAUUGUACGCUCCGCCGAGGCCAAUCAUGAGCAUCAGCAACAGCAUCACCAGAACAGAAGCGCACAGGCUACACCAACGCCAUGGGAUACGCAGCCUAUGUCAGACCACGGUGCGCGCAUGUCAGAUCGCAUGUCAGAAGGUGCCAUGCGUUCCAUGCCAUACGAGUACCGGAAUCAGCGCGACAGCGCCCAUGGCAGCAACACGAGUGUCCAGCGCCGUGGUACAGGGUCCUCACGCCAACAACACUACCGGAACGACAGCGGUGCAACCGCUGUCACUUCGUCUGGCGACUACGCUGAUCAGCAGUUGAAUGGAAGUACUCGUAGACAUGACUACGAUGUUCAUGCCAUGGAAAGCUCUCUUCAGAGCCCCAGAGGUCUACUGAAGAACCCAAUCCCUGCGCCCACCGUCACUGUCCGGAGCGAGUUUCCAACCAUUAGUCGUUCAAGGCAGCAGCAAAGUCUGACUUGUCUAGUGACUGUGGAAGUCGUGGAAGGAAAAUGGAGACCAGAUCCGGCGGACAUUCGUGGUGCGCCACCAAUGCCAGUUCCGAACCCGAGUGAUUACGACCGUGCAAAAUCACCGGCUCCAAGCCGUGCAACUUUCGAGGACAUGUACGAAACCCAAGAGGAGCUAGAUUCCAUCACUGAAGACCUUCAUUCCCGAGUUGAGAACUGGCACGGACUGGUAUUUUCGCGAUUUGGCAAGCUUCGACUCCAUGGACAUGUGCGAGUGGGGAAAGAUCGCCAGUCUUGGCAAGAGCUGGAAUGCUACCUAUUCUCCGAGAUGCUUAUAUGUGUCAAGGAGAAGAAGAAUCAACAGCAAUGGGAUGAGUCAGGAAACAAGAAGCCAAGAUGCACGCUGAAGGGAUCAAUAUUGAUAAAGAAACACCUCCAACAGAUCGAAUCAUCUGCAGGUGAGCAUGACGCUUCAACAGCAUCAAGGUUUCAAUUGACUGACACGUGUCUAGAAGAUCAUAUCCUUACUCUCAGCUUAUCGGUGAAUGAGCUUCCUUCGUUCCACCUCCAGUUCCAGGACCGGUCGCAGUUGGAUAUCUGGCGACGAGCUUUGACGAAUUUGAACAGCGACGUCGCACGACCGCGUCGUGUCGCUGAUUACGAGCUCGACAACUCCGGUACUGACGACGAGGAACUGCAUCGAUCCAAGAGUAAGCGCAAUUCAUCUACGCACUCGUCCUAUGGACCUCGAUCGACGGCUACUGCUCCUACCGAGUACACUAAUUCACGCCUGGGCUCAACAGACAUUCACAUGCCUCAAUCCGUUCACGUGCCUUUGGAUAUUAUCAUAGUAAUUCCCAUAUCUUCUUCGAUGGCUGGCCUGAAAAUCUCUUUGUUGCGCGACACUCUCCGAUUCCUAGUCAACAACCUCGGUGAAAGAGACAGAAUGGGUCUGGUCACUUUUGGUUCAAGUGGUGGUGGCGUACCGCUGGUUAGCAUGAUGAGCAAGUCUUGGACUGGGUGGUCUAAAAUCCUCGAUUCGAUUCGCCCUGUUGGCCAGAAGAGCUUACGCGCGGAUGUGGUAGAAGGCGCGAAUGUUGCUAUGGACCUACUGAUGCAAAGGAAAUCGGCGAAUCCUCUGUCUAGCAUUCUGCUCAUUAGUGACUCUUCUGUCUCGGAUGGGGAAAGCGUGGACUUCGUUGUUUCACGAGCAGAAGCAGCAAAGGUCGCAAUUCACUCCUUUGGUUUAGGUCUUACACACAAGCCCGACACAAUGAUCGAACUAUCUACUCGCACGAAGGCUUCCUACACGUAUGUCAAAGACUGGAUGAUGCUACGGGAAUGCGCCGCCGGCUAUCUCGGUGCACUUCAGACCACAUCACAUCAAAAUGUGAAACUGAAGCUGCGUCUACCCGAAGGGUCUCCUGCCAAGUUUGUUAAAAUCAGCGGCGCUCUGCAGAUCACGAAACGCGCCACAGGCCGCGAUGCUGAAGCGUCACUGGGCGACCUUCGCUUUGGCGACAAGCGGGACAUUCUUGUUCAAUUAGCCAUCGCUCCUGAGACUGGCUCUCCAGAACAGCUGCCUGCUGAUGCUUGGGAGACGAUAGUGUCCGGACUUGAGGCCCUAGGCGGUCCAGUCGACUCCGACGACCAGCGCAUUCUUAGUGUGGAGGAAGUCCCUCUUAUUCAGGCUGACCUGAUGUACGGUGACAUACUCCGAGAAGGUACAGUGUCCCAUCUCCCACGGCCAUCACUUCUUGCUAUAACAAUUCUGCCCGGACCAUCGCGUCCGAAGUCCACCAACCGGCCUAUGACGCCCCCAAUCCCACCACAUCCUUCUGUUGUUCAGCGUCGAAUGGAACUCCUCACUUCCGACAUGCUUACUCGCGCCCUCACUCUCGUAUCGCGUGGCCAACACGAACGUGCACACCACCUCCUGAGUGAAACUCGUAGCAUACUUAAAGGUCUCGCCAAGGGAGGCUUGCCACCGCUACCACCUCCUCCGUCCGCAGGCCUUCCUAAGCCACCCAAAGACAAAGAGGGUUCCGACAAGAGCCAAUCGCCCGUUGCGGAACCUCUUGAACGCCGCGAAUCGCCAAACCCAACGAACAUGUUCACUCCUGCUGCAGGCAUUGACGCGGCCACGAUGUUUGCCCUUGACGCCGAGCUUCAUACCAGUUUAGAGUGGAUGAACCACCCGGCGAUCUUCGGACGUGAUUCGCGCAAGGCUGUGCUACAGGCUAUUGGCGUGAUAUCCAGUCAACGCGGAUACACAUUCCGCACGCCUAGCGAAAGUCUUUGGGCAGAGCGCAUCGCGGGCAUCAAGAAGCUCUCAGAGCGUAGCCGCGAGUGGCGCGAGAGCGGUGACGAAGCACUGAUGGAGGAGUCUUGAUUGGAUGUGCGGAAACUUUCGACGACUGACGAUGAUGAUGCGA